AGGCCUACCGCCUCGCUCGAUCCCCUGACAAGAUGGAGGCAGAGUUCCCCGACUACUCUGCCGAGCGAAGCCAGGAGCUGCAAGACCGAGCUGAUGAUGAGUCAGACUACUGGAAUAGGGAGGGCGUCAAGUAUGGGAGCAGAGGGGAGGACGAUUAUGAGAAGGGGGAGGAACGCAGAGAAAAGAACGAAGAGAAAAACGAAGACAGAUAUGAAAACGAAAAGGGAUAUCAGGAGAAACAACAAGAAACUAACGCUGACAACACCGAAGACCGUUACAACGACGACAAGGACGACACUGAGGCAGCUCAACAAGCCGGCGAGGACCAUUACGGCCGGCAAGAGCAGGACAACAACGGGGAAUACUACGAGAGCGAGGGAGAGAAACGCGGGAGCACCGCCGGCAGUGACACGGAUGACAACGCGCAGCGGUACGAGGAGAAAGGGACGGAAGAUAUGGACAAACAGGGAGAUAGGGUGGACAAUUAUGAUGUGGAAGGGGAUAGUCCGUCGUUCAGUUAUGACAAUAAUUAA